AUGAUACCUCCACAACAGCAACAACAACAACAAAUGAAACCUCAACAACAACAACAGCAAAUGAUACCUCAACAACAACAACAGCAAAUGAUACCUCAACAACAACAACAGCAAAUGAUACCUCAACAACAGCAACAGCAACAGAUGAUGUCCCCGCAGCAACCGAUUCCACCAACAAAUCGUGUCAAUCAACAAGACGUUUAUCGUCCUGGUGGUUUUUUUUCAACAAACCAGCCUCAAAGUCCAUCAUCAUCAAUGAAUAAUAACAGUUAUGAUGCAAACCAAGCUGUGCAAUAUGUUCCUCCACCACAGCCUCCUGCGCCUCUCGUUCCGACUUGUUCUAUUUCUAAGUCACCAGCAAAUCCAGUAUCAAAGCAGUCUUAUAUACCUCAAAUCUCUGAUGAUCUAUUAUCAUUAGCUCUUGAACAACAAUUUAAAACAACAGUAGUAACAAAUACUACUGAACCUUUAACUCCAGAAAUUCCAUCAAUCCAUUCAAUUGAUGAAGAUAUACAAGUAAAAAGUAAUGGUAAGCCUAUUGCUUGUAUUCAACCAUUAUCGGUGGCUACUGAAGAAAAACAACCAAUGCAAUCGUUUUCAACAUCACCCGUAACUACUUUACAUCCGCCACAAGAUCCAUACAAUGAUAAAGAUAAACUUGAUCAAUUAGUCAAUGAUGUACAACGUUUCGAAAAACAUGUUAGUAUAAUGACAAAAAAAACUCUUAAUGGUACGAUACCACUCGAAGUCGAAUGGAAAGAAUUAUCGGAUUUACAAGAAAAAGAUAUGCAUACACAAACUUGUGCAAUAGGAAAAUGUAAUCCGAAAUUAAAUCGUUUUCAAGAUUUAAUUCCAUAUGAUAAUUCUCGUGUUCGUCUUGUACAAACAAAUCCUAAUCAACAAAAAAAUUUUAACGAUUACAUAAAUGCAACAUCAAUCGGACGAAUUCGUGAUGUAUCAUUACUUACUGCUCAAUAUCCAUUAUCGACGACUGUAGCAGAGUUUUGGUCAAUGAUCUAUGAGCAACAUGUAGCUAUUGUUGCUGUACUUCUCAGACCUGAUGAAAUGCAAUCGAUUAAUGUCUAUCCACAAAAAGUCGGAGAAGAACUUCAAUUUUCAUCAUUUACAAUAACAUUACUGAGUACGAAGAGUCCAACUCAAUUGACUAAUCAUAGAAUAAUACGUUUACAUCAUUCACAAACAAAUCAAUCGAGAACUGUUGUAUGGCUCGAACAUUUUGGUUGGCCGCCAAAAGAAAUGCCAGAUAAUCCAAUUGAAUUAUUAAAAUUUAUUCAAGAAGUUCAAUAUUUUCUCAUUCAAACACGAAAUCAUCGCAGUGCAAUUCUGGCUACUUGUUUGAGUGGUGUAUCUCGUACAGGUCCAUUCUUAUCUUUAUUCACCAGUAUUCAAGAUAUCGAUGAAGGUCGAUCAUUUCCUGAUUUGAAUAAAAUAAUUCGUUUACUUCGUUCCAAACGUCGUCAUUUAAUACAAGACAUGAAUCAAUUAAAAUUUGUGUACGAAACUCUACUUUAUUAUGCUCAAGAUUUUCUUGUGAAACGUGGAGUAUUAAAAGUCGGCUCCAUGAUGCAUCAUCAAUCAACAACGUCAACUUCAAAAUCCACUUCAUCAAAUAUUAAUACACUUUCGCUCGAUGAUGAAAUGCAAACAAUCAUGAAUAAGGCUAAGCCAAUUGUUCAAUCAAUACCAAAUUAUGAUGUUGGUCCAAUUCUUUCAUCAACUGCGAUCGAAGAAAAACCACCCAUGAAACCAUUAACAGCUAUCGAAGAGAAUUUUAAUUUACGCCCAGAAGAAAGUCAUAUAAAACCAAAAACAACACGAGACGACUUCUUUCGAACAAAAUCGUCACCAUCGAACGAUCUAUCUGAUCCAAUCAAUAGGCUAGAUCCAUUAUGGACAUUUCGCUAA